AUGGAAUACAAGAAUCUUCAGGUCGAGGACUCCGAAUACGGCAUACGCCCUGACCCCAUGUUCACCGAUGACAACGGCAGCCUCAGUUUCUAUUUUGACUCCGAGUCUGUCACCAUUGAGCCAUGGGGCGAGAAUGCUUUCCGUGUUCGUGCCAGCUGUCUGAACAAGAUGCCCGAGAGGGCUUGGGCUCUUUCAGAAAAGGUCUCGUCUCCCAAAGCCGACAUCAAGAUUGAGCCCAAGUUCGCCUCCAUUACCAACGGCAAGAUCCGUGCUUCCGUAAGCAACCGGGGCAAGAUCGUUAUCUCCAACGCCAAGUCCAACAAGGUCAUCUUGGAAGAGUACGCUCGUCACCGACUGGAUCUCCUCGACCCCAAGUGCAGUUCUCUUCGCAUCCAAGCCCGGGAAUGGAAGGCCCGGCUCGGCUCACCGGAUUACCAUCUGACGAUGCGGUUCGAGUCACAAAACCCAGACGAACGCAUCUAUGGGAUGGGCCAGUAUCAACAACCGUUCUUGAACCUCAAGGGAGCAGACAUCGAGCUCGCCCAACGCAACUCGCAAGCCACUGUACCUUUCGCAGUUUCCAGCGAAGGUUACGGCUUCCUAUGGAACAACCCUUCCAUCGGCAGAGCAGUCUUUAGUAAACUUACUACAACAUUCGAGGCAUACUCUACUGAUAUCCUCGACUACUAUGUCGUUGUGGGUGACGCACCUUCCGAGAUCAUGCGAGCGUACACUGCUGCGACUGGCCGGGUGCCCAUGAUGCCUGAGUACGGACUUGGUUUCUGGCAAUGCAAGCUCCGCUACCAGACGCAGGAAGAGCUGCUCCAAGUAGCGCGAGAAUACAAGAAGCGCAACCUACCAAUCGAUCUCAUCGUAUGCGACUACUUCCAUUGGCCUGCUCAGGGAGACUGGAAGUUUGAUCCGACUUUCUGGCCAGAUCCUGAUGCUAUGAUUGCCGAGCUGAAGGAGAUGAACAUAGAAUUGAUGGUCUCCAUCUGGCCCACCGUGGAGAGAACAUCAGAGAAUUACGAGGAGAUGCUUCGACGCGGUCUCCUGAUCCGUCAAGACCGUGGUAUCCGGGCCUCCAUGGAAGGCCGUGGGUACGCCAUCCACUUCGACGCCACCAACCCGGAGGCGCGGAAAUUCAUCUGGGACGCUGCCAAGCGCAACUACUUUGAUAAGGGCGUCAAGGUCUUCUGGCUCGACGAGGCCGAGCCCGAGUACAGCGUCUACGACUUUGACAUCUACCGCUACGCCGCGGGGCCCAACCUCGCCAUCGGCAACAUCUACCCUGUGGAGUACGCCAGGGCCUUCUACGAGGGCCAGGCCGCCGCCGGGCAGACCAACAUCGUCAACUUGCUGCGCUGCGCCUGGGCCGGCUCCCAGAAGUACGGCGCGCUCGUCUGGUCCGGCGACAUCGCCUCGAGCUGGGGCAGCUUCCGCAACCAGCUCGCGGCGGGCCUGAACAUGGGCAUGGCGGGCCUCGCCUGGUUCACGACCGACAUCGGCGGCUUCCAUGGCGGGCUGCCCGAGGACCCGGCCUUCCGCGAGCUCCUGGUGCGCUGGUUCCAGUGGGGCGCGUACUGCCCCGUCAUGCGCCUGCACGGCGACCGCGAGCCCAAGCAGCCGCAGCUCGGCACGACGGGCGGCUCGUUCUGCCUGUCGGGCGGGCCCAACGAGGUGUGGUCGUACGGCGACGAGGUGUACAAGAUCUGCGAGAAGUAUCUGCGCAUCCGCGAGGAGCUCCGCGACUACACGCGCGGGCUGCACAAGGCCGCCCACGAGCACGGCGACCCGAUCAUGAGGCCUCUCUUUUACGAUUUCCCCGAAGACAAGGAGAGUUGGAUGGUUGAGGACCAGUACAUGUACGGGCCCAAGUACCUCGUGGCGCCAGUCCUGGAGGCCAAGCAAACGAAGCGCGAGGUCUACCUACCUGGAGCUAGUAUCAAGUGGAAGGGUGUUGAUGGCAAUGAGUAUGAGGGUGGGAAGAGGGUCACUGUGGACUGCCCUCUUGACACGAUGCCUGUCUUUACUCGAGACGGAUGA